ACUUUUGGUUUAGUUGUUGUGGUCAUAUCUGUGUAAGUGUAAUUUGUUAAUUUUCAACAAAAGUCUCUGUAGCGAAAAUGGGCCAGAAAACUAAACGUGCUAAAAAGAGCCCCAAAAACCGUGCAAAUAAAAUCCAUUUGGUCUUUGACGAGGUCAAAAGAAGAGAAUUCUUGACAGGUUUUCGCAAAAGGAAACUCCAACGCAAAAAGCAGGCCCAAGAAGAACUCGAAAAGGAAUUGAAAGAGGAACGAAAACGCCUCAAAGCUGAAGCCAAAGAGUCUUACAAAAAGCUUGUGGUCUCUCACCGUGACAUCCCAGAACUAGCACAAUUUCAAAGCAAAGAGUACGAAGAAGAUGAUGUCACUGUAAAAAUCCAAGAAAUAUCCGCCAACGAUAUUGCCAAGCAAAGCAAUUGGAUUGGGGCGAAUCAGCCUAAAUAUGAAUCAGAUGAAUCAGAAGAAGAGGUAGUUGAAGAAGAAAUUGAGGAAAUGCCUGGCAUGGAAUUGAAGCCAAAAGUUGAAAAACAAGAAAUGAAAAAAGUACAAGAAAAGAGAAAGUUUGAGACAGAAAAACAAGUUAAAAAAGAGCUGAAAAAGCGGGCAACUAAAAAUGUCAAAAAGAGUAAAGUUUUCCAAAAAAAGAGCCAAAUUGAGAGGCAAAAACAAAUCAAAAAAUCCUUCAAGGCUAAAAAGGCCAAGGAACAGGUGAGACAGAAGUUUGGCAAGAAGAGGAAUAAAGGUAAACAUUUAAAAAAGACAAAUAAUAAAGAAUAAUAUGUUUGUUUUUUAUUUAUAAAUUGGGUUUUUUGUAUUUUGCCUGUAUCCAUACCCUGUACAUUUUCAAUAAUCUGCCUCUGUUUACUUGCAAGCGUCUAUCUGCCCUGUUUUCUUCUUCGAGGAAACCACCUUGUUCAAAAAGAAUUUUAAUUUCUUCUAAAAACAAAAAGAAAUAAUUAUCAGCUUGUGAGAAAUACAAAAUUAAAACUUUUAUAGAGAAUUUUAAGUACUUAGUACUGCUUUAA